CCGGCGACGCCUCUCCCCCUCAGAGCAGCUUCGCGUCGAGGAGUAAAGAGCUUGCGAAGCGUCUUGAGGAGGCAGCCGCCAUGUUCAACAAGAAAACCAUGGUGCUGUAUUGCGGCGGGGCGCCCAGCAUCGCGCCUAACGCGCCGACGUCGCCGGCAGCCGGAGGAGUCGUCGGAGGAAGCGGCGGAGGGACUACUACUGCCGCCGCCGCUGCUUCAGAGCCUCGGCGCCCGGCGCUGCCCUCCAUGAUGGGCGUGGCUUCUCCGUGGGGUUCCAACGGCCUUUCGGAGGGGCGGGGCUUAAUCGGCGGACCCUUGCCGCUGAUUGGUCACUGCGAGGGGCCGCCGCGGGCGCUGAUUGGCUCCGGCGCAGAGGAAGGCCGAGAGCGGCCGCAGCCGCCAUUUUGGAGCCCGGCGCCUUCUUCGUCGUCGUCGUUGUCUCUCGAGGCAGAAGAGAUCGACGGCUGCGAGGCGGACUCCGACUCAGAAGCGGUUGUGGUUCCCGAGAUGGAGGCCAAGGCGGGCGAAGGAGCCGCUUCUCCUCCUCCCUCCCCGGAGCUUCCCCAGGACGAGCUCCGGAAGGUGACUCUGGCCGUCGUGGGGCGCUACCUGAGAGAAGCCGCCGACGGAAGAAGCACGAAAGGCGGCGUCGGCUUAGAGGCAGCAGCGGGGGUGAAGGGGCCCUUCUCCCUGCAGAGCUUCCUGGGCCGCUUCGGGAGCGGCGGGAGCGAGGCGGAGGCGGCGAGGGCCCUGGAGACCCUCCGGAGGGUCGGGGAGAGCAUCCUCGAGAGGCACCAGGUCGCCUUCCAAGGGAUGCUUAGGAAGAUGGAAAUAAAGAAAGAAGAAGACUUGAAGAGUAUAUCAGAAGUUGCAACCGAGGUCUUCAGAGAUGGCAUAAUAAACUGGGGCCGCAUUGUGACUCUCAUCUCUUUUGGCGCCUUUGUUGCCAAGCAUCUGAAGAGCAUCAAUCAAGAGAAUGGCAUCAACACUUUGAUAGAAAUCAUCACUGAUGUGCUGGUGACCGACAAAAGAGAAUGGCUGGUGAAGCACGAUGCCUGGGAAGGGUUUGUUAAAUUCUUCCAUGUAGAGGACAUAGAAGGUGGCCUCAGGAACGUUCUGGUGGCUUUUGCGAGCAUUGCUGGGAUCGGAGCAAGUCUGGCGUACAUGAUCCGGUGAGCCAAAGAGCGUUCCCACGGAGGAACUCGCUUGGACAAUCCUGUUCCUGCUGCGACUAGAAAACUGAGCUGUUCUUUGAAAGUUGAUGGGAGAAUAAACACCUGGAAAUCCCAUGGAAGAAGGUUUUGUUUGAGCUUUUCAGUUAUACAAGGUAACCAACCAGGAUGUCUUGCAGAUGGGAGUAGAUCUGUCCGAUGAAGAAAUGGUCGCUCUGCUUCCCCAAGAAGCAACGCGGCGAGAAACUAAAGGCGGCCCAGUGCAGGACUAACCUGUGGUUGCAUUGGGUUUGGAUUAAGAACAAUCUCUUGGCUCAAUAAACUGAUGGCACUAUUGACUAGUUGGCUCUGUUCAAAGCCUGUUCCCUUUUUUAAAAGUUCCACCUUCCUCUAAAAGGGGAAGGAAGCGUUUUGAAUUGUUAGGACUUUUAUACUUCAUGUUUUAUUUUGGUUCCUACUUUCCUUAAAGUCAGUUUUUGAAAAGCUGCGUUUGUGGCUGAAUUUGUACGUCUCUCUUAAGAAUGAACGAAUCCGGUCAGUUGGCAGUUUCCAGACCCGGCACAUGCAGACAAUGAUGCUACAUAUUUCCACGAGAGAGAAUCUGGGGCAGGCUUGUAGACUUGGGGUUCUUCAACUCUGUUAUUAGGCAGGUGGCUUCACGUAAGCAAGAGUUGUCAGUUGUCUUGCAGUUGGACUAGAUUGCUCUUAGUCUCCACUGUACUGUUGGCUUUGUUUAGACCAAAUUUUGGCAAUGUGACUUGACAUGGUGCUAUGGUUUAGACCUGUUUGUUUACAUAAACUUGUUUAAUAAACCAAUUUACAGGUG